AUGCAAUGCACGGUCUCUUCGUCAGCACAAUUCCUGGAGAAACUCAAAGGGGUAAGCAUCCAUCCAAAUGAGGUCAUGGUAUCUUUUGAUGUUACAUCCAUUUUUACUUCUAUUCCCCAGGACCUGGCGAUCGAGACAAUUGAACUGCUACUACAAAGCAAAUACGAUGAAACGGAGAACCGUCUUGGACACGCCCAAAUCCUUCAGCUCCUGAAGCUCUGUCUCAGGACGUACUUCACGUUCGACGGGACAAUCUACGAACAGGUGAAGGGCACAACAAUGGGUUCGCCGAUUUCGGGAUUCAUCGCCGAGGCGGUCCUGCAACGGUUAGAGUCGCUGGUCUUCCAACACCACAGACCGAAAUUCUGGGCCCCGUAUGUGGAUGAUACCUUCGUCGUCAUCGAACGGGAUCAGGUGUUGACAUUCCAAGAACAUCUCAACGCCGUCUUCCCGGACAUACAAUUUACGAUGGAGGAGGAAGAGAACAACCAGCUGGCCUUCCUGGAUGUCCUCGUAUGCCGCAAGGAUUGUGGUGGACUAAAGACCAAUGUGUUCAGGAAAGCGACAAAUACGAGGCAAGUACUGAACCACCCGAUCAGUCACAAACGCAGUGGUGUAAGGACGCUCUUUCGGCGUGUCGAAACGCACUGCAGUGAGCCGGAAGACAAAAUUGCUGAACUACAAUACCUCCGACGGGUAUUCAAAGCCAAUGGCUACCCGCGCAACUUCGUCAACCGGUGCAUACGCAAAAGGGACCAAAGGCCUAACCGCACGGACACCAAGUCUUGGCGGGCACUUCCGUAUGUCAAGAACGUUUCGGAAGCUGUCGGCCGCCUUCUCGCACCACUUGGGGUUGGAGUGGCACACAGACCGGAGGCAACCAUCAGGCGUCUGAUCACGAAACCGAAAGACCCACUGCCACGGCUAGAAACGUCUGGAGUCGUUUAUCGGAUCUGGUGCAGUUGCGGACAAAGCAACUACGUCGGAGAAACCGGAAGACAGCUCCGAACGCGAAUGGCCGAACACGCGGCAGCGGUGCGCAGAAAUGACGCCAGCUCUCAAGUUGCGGCUCAUUCGACGAGAUCCGGCCACACAUUUAAAUUCGAUGAGGCCGAAAUUCUCGCAAGAGGUGACAACCGAAUGAGCCGGGAGCUACUGGAAUCAUGGUUUCUGGCCCCCAGUCCAUCAACAAGUACAACGAUCUUCCCAUUCAAUACAGCGUGCUGA